CCUGUGCGUUUAUUAUUCAAGUCCAGAACAUUAUCAAAGUCCUCGAGUAAGGACGUGUUACACGAUAAGAGUGUUUACGAUGUAUCUAGCAAUAUUUAAAUUGAUACUUGUAAUUAUUCUGAGUGAAGUGCAAAGUGCGCCAAGGAAGCCUUAUUCUGAAUUAAAGUCGUGUGAUAUUGGCAAUUUAGCUGAUGAAAUAGCGUCUUAUGAUACCGUGGUUCGGGAUAUUAUGGAUUAUGUCAUUUCCGGCCCAUUCAAAGGGAAGACAUAUCACGAAUUGGCAAAAUUUGUAGACAAGUUUGGUGCCCGAAUAUCAGGGUCCCAAGUUCUCGAAGAUUCUAUAGAUUAUAUGAUAGAGUUGACUCAGGAAGAGGAGCUUAACGAGAUUAUGACCGAAGAGCUUGAGGUUCCUCACUGGGUGAGAGAACAAGAAAAAAUUACUAUGUUGGAACCACGUUCGAAACUUAUUGCAUUAUUGGGGCUCGGGAAAAGUGUCAGUACUCCGCCGGAGGGAAUUACAGCAGAAGUUAUUGUAUUUUCUAGUUUCGAAAAACUUGAUGAAACCCCUGCUAAAGACAUAGAAGGGAAAAUAGUAUUAUACGACCCAGUAUUUACAACAUAUGGUGAAACUGUUGUAUACAGAUCUCAAGGUGCCGCUAAAGCAGCUUCAAAAGGCGCUGUUGCAUCUUUAGUCAGAUCCAUAGCACCAUUUUCAAUUUAUACACCACACACUGGCUCACAAUAUUAUGCCGAAAAUGUUACAAAAAUACCUACUGCAGCAAUUACUUUAGAAGACGCAGAUUUAAUCCGCAGAUUCUAUGACAGAGGCGAAAAAGUUGUUUUAAAUAUUAAAAUGAUAAGCUCAUAUGAAACUAAAAUUUCCAGAAAUACCAUUAUAGAUUUGAAAGGCAAAGAUAAUCCAGAAAAAUUAGUCAUUGUUUCUGGUCAUAUUGAUAGCUGGGAUGUCGGUCAAGGUGCUAUGGACGAUGGCGGUGGUUUAUUUGUUAGUUGGGCCGCUCCUGUCAUUUUAAAAAGAUUGAAUUUAAGACCGAAACGAACAGUGCGCACUAUUUUUUGGACGGCCGAAGAGUUUGGAUUAAUAGGAGCUUAUGCAUAUGAAGAGAAACACCGAAAUGAGAGUCAAAAUAUAAAUUUUAUUAUGGAAUCUGAUGAAGGGACAUUUGCGCCAUUAGGAUUGACCGUUGCUGGAACACAAGAAGCUCGUUGUAUUAUUGGCGAGAUAUUAAAAUUAUUCGAGUCAAUCAAUGCUUCGACAUUAGUUGAAUCUGGUAAUGCAGGGUCUGAUAUACAAGUGCUAAUAAAUACUGGAGUACCAGGAGCUAGCUUGCAUAAUGCAAAUGAAAAGUACUUCUGGUAUCACCAUACAGAAGGAGAUACUAUGAAUGUGGAGAGCCCCGAGGAACUUGACUUGUGUACCGCUUUCUGGACAGCACUCGCCUACAUCAUCGCUGAUAUUUCUGUUGAUAUACCUCGAUAAAAACAUAAUACAUGGUUCCUAUUCUCUAUAUCAUUACUACGUUGUUUAUUGAUUAAACUGAUGAUAUAAUUACAUUAAAUCACAUUUGUUUUACGCAAUAUGUGUAUAUAUUUAAUUAAGUAAAUAGUUUUUUCCUGACAAACACAACAAACAACAAACAAAACAGACUACUUAAAAAUAAAAUUGGGUUUUCGGUGUCAGUAUAUUUUAAUAAUAAUUUUGCGCGUUUGCUUUGCAAUGUUUAAUAAGAUUAAUUA